AUGAAGUCUAACACAGAAAAGGAUGGUUUGACCUUGUUCUGUGGUCUGCUGCUGUGUGUCUCCGCGAUCUGCCUUCGGGGCGCAAAUGGAGAAAGUAAGUGUUUUAUAACGUUUUCUAGCUAACUACUAGCUAAUUGAUAAAUGAAUACUGUAUAUACAAUAUUUUCUACGUCAUCUUAAUACACAACUGCACAUCUCUUUGGUCCCAAUAGUUGAUCUUGUUCUAGCAUGAGGCGACCCAUUGUUAGUUGAAUGAAACGUAGUGAACAUUUACCUACAGGGACAACCUGUUGUCUGAACAUUUACCUACAGGGACAACCUGUUGUCUGAACAUUUACCUACAGGGACAACCUGUUGUCUGAACAUUUACCUACAGGGACAACCUGUUGUCUGAACAUUUACCUACAGGGACAACCUGUUGUCUGAACAUUUACCUACAGGGACAACCUGUUGUCUGAACAUUUACCUACAGGGACAACCUGUUGUCUGAACAUUUACCUACAGGGACAACCUGUUGUCUGAACAUUUACCUACAGGGACAACCUGUUGUCUGAACAUUUACCUACAGGGACAACCUGUUGUCUGAACAUUUACCUACAGGGACAACCUGUUGUCUGAACAUUUACCUACAGGGACAACCUGUUGUCUGAACAUUUACCUACAGGGACAACCUGUUGUCUGAACAUUUACCUACAGGGACAACCUGUUGUCUGAACAUUUACCUACAGGGACAACCUGUUGUCUGAACAUUUACCUACAGGGACAACCUGUUGUCUGAACAUUUACCUACAGGGACAACCUGUUGUCUGAACAUUUACCUACAGGGACAACCUGUUGUCUGAACAUUUCCUAUUCUUCUGGACGGAAAUCCGAGAUUGUCCAUUUACUAUAAUAUGUUACCUUUCGUAUGGUCUGUAUUCAUUUGUGGAUGUUACGAAUUACAUUUCGCAUGAUAUGUUAUGAAUUUGCAAAACAUACAAUAUGUUACGAAUUUUCUAAAUGUAUAAAUGAAGAAUUCCAAUUAGUUGUGGCUAACGUUGGUUAGGAGUUAAAUUAGGGAAAGGGUUAGCUAAAAGGGUUAGCUAACAUGCUAAGUAGUUGCUAAGUAGCAAACAAGUAGUAAGUAGUUGAAAAGUUGCAAAAGUUGUCAGUGAUGAGAUUCGAACACGCAACCUUUGGGUUGCUAGACGUUUGCAUUAUAGGUCGACUAAACAAUCUCCUUUCAUUUUUUAGCCUUAACUAACCUUCUGGCUUAUGUAAACAACAUGUAAUUACAAUAUCUGGAUAUUCGAAUAGUGAAAUGAUUUCAAACCCCCAUCCCUAGCAUGAAAACUACCAUUAUGUUAGGCUAAGUCUGUUUCUCCAGCUCUCUAGAAUUCUUUAUUGGGGUUUAGAUGAAAUUGAAAAGUACAUAAAGUCUCUUCCAUUGUUUUUCUCUCUCCUGUCCAGUUUGUGGUCCCAGCAUCGACAUCGGUAAUGACAUCAGUGAGUUCCGUCGCCUGGAGAAUUGUACGAUCGUGGAGGGCUACCUCCAGAUCCUCCUAAUAGGAGACAAGAACUACAACAUCAACCAGGAAGUCUUCCGAUCGCUGUCCUUCCCCAAACUCACCAUGAUCACGGACUACCUGCUGCUGUUCAGGUUAGCGGACCAGACACACACCUUCCACCUCCUCUUCUCAACGAUUUCACUCUUAUUCCUUUUAUUCAUCUCUUUGAUUAUUCCUGCUUGUUUUUCUGUUAUCUCCUUCAUGUUGUUGUUGUUUUACUGUAAAGUGUGUUGCCGCAGUUUUAAAUGCACUUUAAACAAAGUUUUGAUUUUAUUUGUAUUCAGAGUCUCGGGCCUGGACUCCUUGUCCACCCUGUUCCCCAACCUCACGGUGAUCCGAGGGCGUAACCUCUUUUAUAACUACGCCCUGGUGAUCUUUGAGAUGACCUCUCUGAAGGACAUCGGCCUCUACAGCCUCCAGAACAUCACUAGAGGAGCCAUUCGGAUCGAGAAGAACCCUGAGCUCUGCUAUCUGGACUCUGUGGACUGGUCUCUUAUAAUGGAUGCUGAGUUGAAUAACUUCAUAGCAGGGAAUAAACAGAGUAAGGAGUGUGGGGAUGUGUGUCCUGGCAUCAUGGAGGAUAACCCUCAAUGCAUCAAGACCAGCUUCAAUGACAACUUCAACUAUCGCUGCUGGACCUCCAACCACUGCCAGAAA